AUGGAAGAAGCUGUAGAGUACUCCCUGCAGGAAGUAGGGCUGCACAAUAACACAGGCGAUGCUUGGAUGGCUAUCCAUGGAGAAAUCUACGAUGUGACCAAGUAUAUCCAGAGCCAUCCUGGUGGCGUAGAAGUGCUUGUAGAAGCGGCUGGUACCAAUGCCAGUGAGGUUUUUGACAAUGCCGGUCACUCGGACGAUGCUUUCGACCUAAUGGUGCCACUACGAAUAGGCAAACUCAAGGGAUACAAGAAAAGGAAGGCAAGAGUAGCACCCGUUGAACCGACGACAGCUCCGAAACGCAACUCUUCGCCAUCUAAAGAGCAAACUACUUCGGGUACCGCCAAGUACACCAUAAUCUCUCUUAGUACCGCGGCACUGUAUUACGGUCUUACGACGUACGGCGUGGAUCGUGAUAUAGUUUCUAAAGCCUCUUCACUUGGCAAGAAUCUCAUCGCCUUUCUAAUGGGGUUGCUCGUUGGAGCCGGUGCUCUGGCGUCAGUGCAUACCCUGAUUGCACGUAGGCUGCUGCAGAUUGUCAUUUCUCUAGAGUCACCACGGUAUCCCUACCACUUCAAGGUGCCAAAACCCGCUGAAUUCAAUAUUCUACAACAAAGGGGGUGGCUAGACUCGGAGGCAGCUUCGUCUCCUCUUCCACUAGCCAAGAAAGAAUUGGUGUCGCCAAACGUAUAUCGUCUGACAUUCACCUUACCUUCUUCUCAUCCUAUUCUUGGUUUGCCAACGGGCCAGCAUGUUGCAAUUACUGCGGUCAUUGAUGGGGAGGCUGUAACACGAUCCUAUACUCCAACCUCGAAUAACGCCAACAAGGGCAUCCUAGAGCUUCUUAUCAAGGUUUACCCAGACGGAAAAAUGACAAAUGGCUACUUAGCCAACCUAAACAUCGGUGAUGAGGUUCACUUUAGAGGCCCCAAAGGAGCGAUGCGAUAUUCACGACGGUUAUGCAAAAAGGUGGGUAUGAUAGCUGGUGGCACAGGAAUCACGCCCAUGUUCCAGGUUAUCCGGGCCAUCUGCGAAAGCGAUCGCGAUACGACAGAGAUCAGCCUCAUCUACGCCAAUCGAACGGAGCAGGAUAUCCUUCUCAGAGAGGAGCUGGAUAUUUUUGCCAGGCGAUACCCAAAAUUCUUUAAAGUGUACUACGUACUUGAGAGCCAUUCUUCUGAGUGGAAAUUUGGAUCGGGCUUUGUGACGAAGGACAUGAUGGCUGAGAUUCUCCCUUCUCCGAGUGAGGAGGGAAGCAAAGUUAUGAUCUGCGGACCACCUGGAAUGGUUGCUGCAGCGAAGAAGUCACUCGUGAGCUUAGGCUAUAAACAACCCGGAGCAAGCGCGAAGAUGAGUGACGAAGUCUUUGUCUUCUGA